AUGAGUUCAACAAACAACGACAACAACAACACGGAGAAUAACACAAGCACCAAUUCUUCAAACACAGAGCAACCACAACAACAGCAAAACUCCUCUGGCGCUCACCUUCCGUCCACAGAAAAAGUUGAGGAAAUUCUAGAUCAAAUCAAGAACAAAACUGUGGAAGCAUAUAAAGUAGCCUCUGAGAAGACUGAGGAUUUAUACAAGGUGGCUGCAGAGAAAACCGAAGAGGCCUAUCAUUAUUUAACCUCGGAAGAAGCAAAACAGAAAUUACAACAGACAAUGCAAACAACAACAUCAACCCUCUCUAGUGCAUAUUCAUGGUUUUCUAGUAAUGUUUCUUCAUUGGUUGGAGAAGCCUACGAACAUGUUGGCAGUGCUUUAACAGGAAAUCAUCCUUCUUCUCAAGAAGCCCCAAAAGAAGAAAGCACCACUAGUAACGAAGAGAAAAAAUAA